UUUUCUUUACUUUCAUCGCAAUUCUAAUCUUUAGAUGAAAUUAGUGAAUUAUAGAGCCUUUCUACUGACCAUCUAAGCAGUAGCUGGGCACCUAAACUAUAUUUUCAAAGGUCCACGGAAGGUUUUAGUCCCCGUGGAAGCAACCGCUAAAUCGCUAAACCGCUAAGCCUCUGUUGAUAAAGUUUAGAUGGUGAAAUUCGGGAAACUAACUAAUAAACUCACUCCUUCAAAUCUGCCCAAAUCCAUAACAUUACCCAGCUAUUGAAGGGAAAGAGGAGAAAAAGAAACCUAUCAGCAAAGGCUCCUUGCGGGUGGACAUCGCCUUGUUCAAUCUACCAAUAUUAAACUUUAAUACUAUUUCUACUAUACUCUAUGGUACAUGCCAUACUCUCUCCGUAUAGAAAGAUUAUUCUUUCUUUCAAGACCAACUCCGAAUUUCGUAGAGAUAAAACGUCAAAACGCCCAACAACGACGACGACAACGACAACAAUUUAUUUCCCUUAAUCAUCUCUCUCUUUACUGGACCUGAUCGACCAACUGCUCUCACUCUCUCUUUUCCCCUCUCCCUCUCUUUCUCUUUUUCACAGACGGCACACGUUACCUAUUUCACCACUCUUCAGAUUUCACUUUUGUGAAUUAUCAAUUCUAUCUUAGUAUCCCACCUCUAUUAUCAGGGACUGUGCUGUUUUUAAAUCCCUUCCAAUCGGGAAUCGGCAUUAUCGCUUCGUGGUGGAGUUCAAAGUUGUCGACUUGACAAGGGAGACAGGCCGUUGGACUCCUACGAAAGAAAAGACAAUCCACAUCUUCAAAAGACUUGAGGUGAUUCUUUUCCUGCUCCCAAAUCAUUGUAAUAAUUCAUCCCUUUUUACCCUCCUCAAGAGCGUCAUGCAAUCGUGAAGUCUUUUGGCUCGCUUUCCAACUUAUCCCUAACAAACUUGCAGCUCGUCCACUCUUUCACACACCACCUCGUAUUAGAUUUACAGAUCGGAAAUUCCGACACCGUCGAAGCGGGCAGCUGACAUUUUCGACUUCAUGAUAGAGGGAAAAUAAUCUGUUACGACUUAGCAGCCUGGCUGCAACUUUUGAGAUCAAAAUGGGGGACACUACGAUAGCUCACACUACUGCGAUCCUGCAAACUCUCGCAGUAUUGAGUCUCGACCCUCCGCAGACAAAUGUUUACGGCAACAAAGGGAUUAGGUUACCAGGUGCAGAUACAGCAGAGAAGCUCGCCCUCGAGCGAGAACUUGCGGCGUUGGUAUCAAGGGUUCAGAGAUUAGAAGCGAGAGCGACUGCCAAUAAUCAUGUGUUGCCUGAUACGCCGAAUGAGAUAGGAGCACCAUCAGCGUUCGCCGAUGUCCUCACCGGUGCUCCAUCUCGAGCCUCGAAGAGUACUACAUCCCGACAACAACUCGUAAAUUCGUUACUGGCCGCAAGAGAAGCGCCCACCGGCGGUGAACGUCCUCCCAAAUUUACAAAAUUAAGUGAUGAGGAACUAGAAGCACUCCGCGAACAUGUCGACGAUCAAUCUAAACAACUUGAUAGUCAGAAAUCAGAGUUGGCCGGUGUACAUGCUCAACUUUUUGAGCAGAAGCAGAGACAAGAACAGGCACUUAAUGUUCUUGAGGUCGAACGCGUAGCGGCGCUCGAAAGAGAACUGAAGAAGCAUCAACAAGCUAACGAGGCUUUCCAAAAGGCUCUUCGAGAAAUAGGUGAAAUUGUUACAGCUGUAGCUAGGGGUGAUCUCAGUAAGAAAGUACAAAUCCAUUCCGUGGAGAUGGACCCUGAGAUUACGACUUUCAAGCGGGUAAGCAUCAUCAUGUCAGAAUUUUCCCGCUCCUUGUCUUCUAACUUUCUCUAGGUUAUCAAUACUAUGAUGGAUCAGCUUCAAAUAUUCUCCAGUGAGGUUUCUCGUGUAGCUAGAGAAGUCGGCACAGAAGGUAUCCUUGGUGGACAAGCCAAGAUUUCAGGCGUCGACGGUACAUGGAAGGAGUUGACUGACAAUGGUAUGUGCUUUACUAUAAUGGAUAACUAUUCGAACAAUUAACUAAUUGUUUCUAGUCAACGUUAUGGCACAAAACCUCACCGACCAAGUUAGAGAAAUUGCAUCCGUCACUACCGCUGUAGCCCAUGGAGAUCUCACACAAAAGAUUGAGAGACCGGCUCAGGGCGAGAUACUACAAUUACAACAAACUAUUAAUACCAUGGUGGAUCAGCUAAGAACUUUCGCUGCCGAGGUCACCCGCGUAGCAAGAGAUGUCGGAACGGAGGGUAUUCUCGGCGGACAAGCAGAAAUUGAAGGCGUCCAGGGCAUGUGGAACACGUUGAUAGUGAACGUCAACGCCAUGGCCAACAAUCUCACCACGCAAGUGCGCGAUAUAGCAAUCGUGACGACAGCUGUGGCGAAGGGUGAUUUGACUCAAAAAGUUCAAGCAGAGUGCAAGGGCGAAAUCAAGCAGUUGAAAGAGACUAUAAAUUCCAUGGUGGACCAACUACAACAAUUUGCGCGAGAAGUCACGAAGAUUGCUAGGGAGGUCGGUACCGAAGGUAGAUUGGGUGGGCAAGCAACAGUUCAUGAUGUUGAAGGCACUUGGAGAGACCUAACCGAAAAUGUGAAUGGUAUGGCCAUGAAUCUUACGACACAAGUACGAGAGAUCGCCAAGGUUACUACCGCCGUCGCAAGAGGAGACCUGACCAAGAAGAUCGAAGUGGAGGUGCAGGGAGAAAUCGCUUCGCUGAAAGACACCAUCAACACCAUGGUGGACAGACUUGGCACAUUUGCCUUCGAGGUUAGCAAGGUAGCGAGGGAGGUCGGAACUGAUGGAACUCUUGGCGGGCAAGCCCAAGUUGAUAACGUGGAAGGAAAGUGGAAAGACCUCACCGAAAAUGUGAACACGAUGGCCAGAAAUUUGACCACUCAAGUACGAGGUAUCUCGACGGUUACACAAGCUAUUGCCAAUGGAGACAUGAGUCAGAAAAUCGAGGUUGCUGCUGCGGGUGAAAUACUCAUACUAAAAGAAACCAUAAACAACAUGGUAGACAGAUUGAGUAUCUUCUCCAACGAGGUGCAAAGAGUCGCCAAAGAUGUGGGUGUGGAUGGGAAGAUGGGUGGUCAGGCCGACGUCGCUGGGAUCGGGGGCCGUUGGAAAGAGAUUACUACUGAUGUCAACACCAUGGCUAACAACUUGACAACCCAAGUGCGCGCCUUUGGUGAUAUUACUAAUGCUGCAACCGAUGGUGAUUUCACAAAGUUGAUCACUGUCGAGGCAUCUGGGGAAAUGGAUGAGUUGAAGCGUAAGAUCAACCAGAUGGUGUACAACUUGAGGGACAGUAUUCAGAGAAACACCUUGGCUAGGGAGGCUGCCGAAUUUGCCAACAGGACAAAGUCUGAAUUCUUGGCCAAUAUGUCUCACGAGAUCCGAACACCUGUUAGUACCCCUCUCAUCCUCUACCAACUUUCCUACAUCCAUCUGGAGCGUCUUUUCAUGAUACUUUAAUGUUUUAAAAUGCUCUGCGUGGCAGAUAUUUUCUGUCCUUCGACGCCUUUUCUUACUAAAAAUUUUACUCUCCCCAACCCAUUAUAUUUGCUCUGUUGCUAACAUCGAAUUCCUAGAUGAAUGGUAUUAUUGGAAUGACGCAGUUAACGUUGGAUACGGAUCUUACACAAUAUCAGAGAGAAAUGCUCAACAUUGUCCAUAACUUGGCCAACAGUCUAUUGACCAUUAUUGAUGAUAUUCUAGAUUUGUCCAAGAUCGAAGCAAACCGUAUGAUUAUGGAGGAAAUUCCAUAUACCCUGCGAGGAACUGUCUUCAAUGCAUUGAAGACCCUUGCUGUAAAGGCAAAUGAGAAAUUCUUGGAUCUUACCUACCGUGUGGAUAGCUCAGUACCAGAUCACGUUGUGGGUGAUUCGUUCCGUCUUCGACAAAUUAUCCUCAACUUGGUUGGAAACGCGAUCAAGUUCACGGAGCAUGGUGAAGUUUCAUUGACAAUCCAAAAAGCCGAGCAAGAUCAUUGCGCGCCAAACGAAUAUGCGGUCGAGUUCUGCGUGUCUGACACUGGUAUUGGUAUCCAGGCUGAUAAGCUCAAUUUGAUUUUCGACACUUUCCAACAGGCCGAUGGAUCUAUGACGAGAAAAUUCGGAGGUACUGGUUUAGGUUUAUCGAUUUCGAAGAGACUCGUAAACCUCAUGCGUGGAGAUGUUUGGGUCAAGAGUCAGUAUGGAAAGGGCAGUUCGUUCUACUUCACAUGUACUGUCCGUCUCGCAACCUCGGAUAUCAGCUUCAUUCAGAAACAACUCAAGCCAUAUCAAGGUCACAAUGUUCUGUUCAUCGACAAAGGACAAACUGGCCAUGGCAAAGAAAUAAUCACUAUGCUUACGCAACUUGGUUUGGUGCCCGUCGUUGUCGAUUCUGAACAGCACACCAUCCUUCUCGGCAAUGGAAGAACAAAGGAGAAGAUAGCUUCAACUUAUGAUGUGAUCGUUGUUGAUUCAAUUGAGACUGCUCGUAAAUUGCGAUCAAUUGACGAGUUCAAGUACAUCCCAAUUGUACUUUUAGCUCCUGUUGUUCAUGUCAGCUUGAAGUCUGCUUUGGAUCUUGGUAUCACUUCUUACAUGACCACUCCAUGUUUAACAAUCGACCUUGGUAAUGGUAUGAUUCCUGCCUUGGAGAACCGAGCUGCACCUUCUCUGGCGGACAACACCAAAUCCUUCGAUAUUCUCUUGGCCGAAGAUAACAUUGUCAAUCAACGUUUGGCCGUGAAGAUUUUGGAGAAGUACCAUCAUGUUGUUACCGUGGUCGGGAAUGGCCAAGAAGCACUCGACGCUAUCAAGGAGAAACGAUACGACGUUAUUCUCAUGGAUGUUCAAAUGCCAAUCAUGGUAUGUGCAACAUAAAUCAAUUUCUUGUAUAACAGAUGACUAACAUUAUUUUAGGGAGGAUUCGAAGCAACGGCUAAGAUUAGAGAAUACGAAAGAAGUCUUGGAACGCAAAGAACUCCUAUCAUCGCCCUCACGGCACAUGCCAUGUUGGGUGAUCGCGAGAAAUGUAUUCAAGCCCAGAUGGAUGAAUAUCUUUCUAAGCCUUUGAAACAAAAUCAUCUGAUUCAGACGAUUUUGAAAUGUGCAACUCUCGGAGGAGCACUUUUAGAAAAGGGUAGGGAAGUAAGGCAAUCUGCCAAUGAAGAGAGCCCCAACUCGCAAAAUGGUACCCGUAGCAACCAACAUCCUGCAUCGAGUCCCACGCCAGCACAUUUGAGACCGACUAUCGAGCCUCGUGCAUACACUACCACUGGCCCUAUAAACCAUGGAAGUGUAGAAAGUCCUUCACUUGUAACGGCAGAUGCUGAGGAUCCACUUGCAAGGGUAAGCACUUGCUGAUCUACAUUCCAACUUCCCCAGAACCUGUACUAAGCAGUUCUGUAGCUCCUAAUGCGUGCGCAUAGCAGCUAGUGUGAUGUUUAUCUUGGCCGAAGUUUGAUGAUAUAUGCAUGGGUUAGUGGGCACAGGAAAUAUUUGCCAUUAUUUCCAUUUUCUUUUUUCGUAGAUACCACCAGCUGCGAGUACUUGUUCUUUCAAUCAUCUCAUCAAACCAAUAUUUCCAAUGGCGAAGGGCGUUUUUGGGGAAAGGGAAUAAAUCACGUUUCGUCAAAUACAUUUGGGCGAAGUAUAUUUGUUUGGUGCAUGGAAUCGCCUUGUUUUAUUUCACACAUCUGGAAAUUUCUCCAAAGGUUUUCGAACUACUUUACUUUUCACAACACUCGUUCAUGUGCGAACUGGCAGUGUUUGCUACUAUUACUACUUUUUUUUUACGGUGCGGAAUAUGUGUGCAUGAGAAUUCGGUGGGGGGUUUGAUGGAAUCGCGGAGGUUAUUGAAUGCUCGUGAUUAUGAAGAUGGAUACGUAUGUGUGUGGGUUGGGGGAAAUAAACUGAAGAAGAGAGAUGAAAGAUAAACUGAAGAAGGGAUGGGAGAAAGUUAAAUGGAUGCAAAGUAAGAAACAAAGAAAGGAAUACAUGUAUGUAUGGAGAUAAGAAUUAAAUGAGAAUUAUGAUGCACAUUCAAAUU